CGGGGCGGAGGUGUGUGCACCCAGGCGGCGGCGGCCGUGUCUCCCGGGAGAUGCUGUGACGGACCCGCGCCGGAGGAGCUCGCACCCUGCUGGACCGUCACUCCCCACCCCACCCCCCUCCUCAGAGAAAGUAUGCGAGACUUAACAGCUCAAGUGACUAGUGGACUCCUACUAUUCCCAGAAGUAACUAUUCAAGCCCUUGGAGAAGAUGAAAUAACACUAGAAUCUGUGCUUCGUGGAAAAUUUGCUGCAGGAAAAAGUGGACUUGCUUGUUUGGCCUGUGGUCCACAACUUGAGGUAGUAAACUCUGUAACAGGAGAGCGGCUGUCUGCAUAUAGAUUUAAUGGAAUAAGUGACCAACCUCCUAUAAUCCUAGCUGUGAAAGAAUUCUCUUGGCAGAAGAGAGCUGGAUUGCUAAUUGGAUUAGAAGAAGCAGAAGGGAGUGUUCUCUGUCUUUAUGACCUUGGUACAUCAAGAGUGGUUAAAGCAGUUGUUCUUCCUGGAAGGGUAACUGCUAUUGAACCUAUAAUUAAUCAUGGUGGAGCCAGUGCAAGCACUCAGCAUUUACACCCAAGUCUUCGGUGGCUGUUUGGUGUGGCAGCGGUGGUAACUGAUGUUGGACAGAUCCUUCUUAUUGAUCUGUGUUUGGAUGACUUGUCAUGCAGUCAGAAUGAAAUAGAGGCAUCAGACCUGGAGGUUAUAACCGGUAUCCCAACUGAAGUACCACACAUCAGAGAAAAUGUCAUGCGAGAAGGACGUCAUCUCUGUUUCCAGUUAGUAAGUCCAUCAGGAACAGCCGUUACAACUCUUAGUUACAUAAGCAGGACGAAUCAACUUGCCAUAGGCUUUUCUGAUGGCUAUCUAGCACUUUGGAAUAUGAAAAGCAUGAAAAGAGAAUAUUACACGCAACUGGAAGGUGGAAGAGUUCCUGUGUUUGCUGUUACUUUUCAAGAACCUGAGAAUGAUCCUCGUAAUUGCUGUUAUCUAUGGGCUGUUCAGUCUACACAAGAUAGUGAAGGGGAUGUUUUGAGUUUACAUCUGCUCCAGCUGGCCUUUGGUGAUAGAAAGUGUUUGGCUUCAGGACAAAUCUUAUAUGAGGGAUUAGAGUACUGUGAAGAAAGAUACACGCUGGACCUCACAGGUGGCAUGCUUCCUUUGAGAGGACAGACCAGUAAUACCAAACUGUUGGGCUGUCAGAGUAUAGAGAAAUUUCGAUCUCAUGGUGACAGGGAAGAAGGCAUGACUGAAGCUCUAUCUCCUGACACCAGCGUUUCAGUCUUUACCUGGCAGGUGAAUAUAUAUGGACAAGGAAAGCCUUCUAUAUAUUUGGGACUUUUUGACAUAAAUCGUUGGUAUCACGCACAAAUGCCAGAUUCAUUAAGGUCUGGAGAAUAUCUACAUAAUUGCUCGUAUUUUGCACUGUGGUCAUUGGAUUCUGUUGUGAGUAGGACUUCUCCACAUUACAUCUUGGAUAUAUUAGUCCACGAGAGAAGUUUAAGUCGAGGAGUUCCUCCUUUGUAUCCACCUCCUGAGCAGUUUUUUAACCCAAGUACUUAUAAUUUUGAUGCUACUUGUUUGUUAAACUCGGGAGUUGUUCAUAUCACUUGUACUGGCUUUCAGAAAGAGACUUUGACUUUUUUAAAGAGAUCAGGGCCGUCUCUCAAUGAAGUCAUUUUUGAUGGUUAUAAUCGCUGUCUUGUGGCUGGCCUUCUCUCACCCAGACUUAUUGAUAUUCAGCCUUCCAGCUUAAGUCAAGAAGAACAGUUAGAAGCUAUAUUGUCUGCAGCCGUUCAUACAAGUUCUCUGGGACUUUUGACUGGAUGUAUCAAAAGGUGGAUAACAGAAGAACAACCAAAUUCUGCGACUAAUUUGCACUUUGUUCUUGAAUGGACAUGGAAUAAAGUGAUUCUCACCAAAGAGGAAUUUGACAGGCUUUGUACUCCAUUGUUUGAUGGUUCAUGUCGCUUCAUCGAUACACAAACCUUACAAUCUAUCCAGCAAUGUCAUUUGCUUCUUAGCAACCUUAAUACAGUCUUAAGCUGUUUUACCACAGAGGCACAAGAGGUCACUGAGAGAGGUCUGAUGGAUUUAAGAAAUAAGCAUCUGGUUUCCCAGCUCAUCUGUCAGUAUGCACAAAUGGUUAUUUGGUUCUCGCAUUCUGGACUUUUACCAGAAGGCUUAGAUGAUGCUGUGCAGUUGUCAAGGCUAUGCUACAACUACCCUGUAAUUCAGAACUACUACACCAGCCGCCGACAGAAGUGUGAGCGUUUAUCAAGAGGGAAGUGGAACCCUGAUUGCUUGAUGAUUGAUGGGAUGGUUUCCCAGUUAGGAGAACGAGUUGAGAAGUUGUGGAAACGAGAUGAAGGAGGCACAGGAAAAUAUCCUCCUACUAGUCUUCAUGCACUGCUUGACAUGUACCUACUUGACAAUGUUGCUGAAGCAAUCAAGCAUUCUGUUACCAUUUACUUGCUGCUUGAUAUUAUGUAUUCUUUUCCAAACAAAACGGAUACUCCAAUUGAAUCUUUUCCAACUGCUUUUGCCAUUUCUUGGGGCCAGGUUAAACUUAUUCAAGGUUUUUGGCUGCUGGAUCAUAAUGACUAUGAGAGUGCUUUGGAUCUUCUGUUUCACCCGGCUACUGCAAAACCUGUGGCAUGGCAGCAUUCAAAGAUGAUUCAGGCCUUCAUGGCUCAGGGCGAACAUAGACAAGCCCUCAGGUAUAUUCAGACAAUGAAGCCUCCGGUGUCCAGUGGUAAUGAUGUUAUUCUUCACCUCACUGUUUUGCUUUUUAAUAGGUGUGUAGUUGAAGCUUGGACUUUGUUGCGCCAUCAUUCUGAUAGAUUCAACGUAGAAGAGUUACUAAAGCACACGUAUGAAGUUUGUCAGGAAAUGUGCUUAAUGGAGGAUUUACUGAAGUUACCAUUUACAGACAUGGAGCAGGAGUGUUUAGUGAGAUUUUUACAGUCCAGUGCCAGUGUUCAGAAUCAUGAAUUCCUUCUAGUUCACCAUUUGCAGCGUGCCAAUUAUAUUCCUGCCUUGAAGCUGAACCAAACUCUGAAGAUUAAUCUUAUGAGUGAUCGUGAUCCCCGCUUACGUGAGAGAUCAAUGGCUCGAAAUUCCAUAUUAGAGCAAUAUGGAAAAAUACUUCCUAGAGUCCAGAGAAAAUUAGCCACCGAAAGAGCUAAGCCGUACCGUCUGACAGCAUCAUCGGUUUUGCGAGUUUCCAAACCCAAGCCUUUAUCAGCAGUUCCAAAGCAAGCUGUAACAGGGACUGUGUUAACAAGAUCUGCUUUCAUCAAUAAUGUGUUAUCUAAAAUUGGAGAAGUCUGGGCAAGCAGUGAACCUAAAAACAUCAUGUCUCCUUACUGUAGUCCUGAUGUAGAAGAACCAUCUCCUAUAGUUUAUUCUCUACCAGACCCGGAGCUGCCUGAGGCAUUUGUUGGGACACCAGUUUCAAAAACAUCGCAAAAUAUUUCUAGACUGCUGGAUUUGGUUCGUCCUGUCCCUCAGCCUUCUCAGUCUUUGGAUGUUACUCAGCAAACCCCUCCCACAAGAUCUCGUUUGUAUGUAGCAUCCAAUUCUUCGCCAUUAAGCCAGUCAAAAGGGUCAGAUGAAAACAUCUGUAGGGCUUCAGAAUUACAUUUACUUGAAACUCCACUUAUAGUUAAGAAAGCUAAAACAUUGGCCAUGUCAGUGACUUCCGCUGGAUUUGCAGAGUUCACUCCUCAGUCCAUCCUGAGAUCUGGUCUUCGAAUAACACCUUUAGCAUCUCCCUCUUUGUCACCUGGAAGAUCUCUUACCCCUCCUUUACGACUUAAAGAAACUAGAAUCUCAUUUAUGGAAGAAGGCAUAACCACAAAAUGGGCUGCUGGAGCUACAGAAGACAACAAAACACUUUACCAUAAAUGUGAAGUUCCAGUAGAUGCUGAAUGGCUGAAGAGCAAGGAUAAAACCACAUCUUUUUCUUUGAAUAAUCUUGAGAUGGAUCAUCAAGAAAUAGAUGUGAGAUCACUGGCUACACCAUCUCAAAGUUUGGAUAAAUUGGAUAUGAGCAAGGAAAACAGCAUUGCUUCAACGAGAUCCGACCCAGCUACCUUAGAAUAUCAGGAUGCACCAUCACCAGAAGAAUUUGAAGAUGUUAUUUUCAUAGACGCUAAAUCAGCAAGCUCUUCCACUGAACUGUGUACUAAUUUAACUGAACCGAGUGAGAAGGAAGGUGCUAAAGAUGUGCUUGAGUCAGAAGUAACUCCUUCAUACUUAACGAAGCAAACUGGCCCUUUAAAAGAUGCAGGAACAAAAGAUCUAGCUCAAGAGGAAACGCUUUCAGUGUUUCACAAUCACUUAACCCCAAUUCAAGGAGUUGAAGCUUCUCCCUGUGCACCAGCAGCCCACGAAGGGAAAAUCCUCUUCCCAGAAUCCAAGGUAUCAGCUUUGGAUGCAGGGCUGCUACCUGUUGAAAACUGCACCUCUACAAGUAGAACAGAUAACAGUAAAUCUGUGGUGGAUUCCCUUGCUGAUAGUGGACACUCUGGGCCUAUUAUUUCUGAAAGUCCUGUUAUCUCUGAACAUAGGCUUGAUCAUGAAAUAACACUGAACCUAAAAGAAAAUCAUGAACUAGAAGUUGACUUAUCCCGAGAAAAACCUCCAGUUUCUGACGGUCCUCCUGAUACUCAAGAAAUUCAUGUGAUUGAAUACGAAAAAGUUGAAGCUCAAGCUUCAAGAGAAGAGGCUAGGAAUCUUCCAUACAAUGCGAUAUAUCCCUCAGAAACACUUACACUGCAAUACAAUUUUGGUACCAUUGAGCAACAGUUUUGUGACUCGCCUGAAAAUAAAGACUCUGCUGAGUGUGAUGUUGCUGAAGUAGAUGGAGAACUUUUUGUGUCUCAAAACAACUUUACCUUGGUACUGGAAGGUGAAGAAGACAUUGAGACAGGCGAUUCUGCAGCAGCUAGCGCAGCAGCUGAGGAAAAGCAUAUAAACAGUGGGGGGAUUGAUCAUUGUGGGCAUGUUGCAAACUUUCCCUCUCUCAUAACUGGUGAUCAAGAGUCCCAGAAGGCAAAGACAUUGCCAUAUGUGCCUGAACCAUUUAAGGUUGCAGAAAACUUACUAGAUAUAAUUAAAGACACCAGAAGUAAAGAAGUUACUUCGGACUCCAUGGAACAAUCCAUUCAAGAAAAAAUACCUAUAAUAAGCCAAACGGUAAUGAGUUCCACCACAUUAAUGACGUCUAAAUUUAAGACUGAGGAAACUAGUACAAUGACCAUGAAUGUCAGCCAGUUAGAUGAUACAGUUUCCUCCAGAACUCGCACAAGAGGACAGCGUGUCCAAAGCCUGAAUAUCAAAUCAGAGCAGAAAGAAGUAUCAGCAAAUAUCGCUACUCCUGAGACACUGGAGCUCUCCAUUACAAAGAAAACUAGGAGGACAAAAGGAAUUUCUGAUGCUUCUGAAACUGUCUACUCUAAUGUCAAAGGAAUAGCUCAGAACCAGCAACUUCCUCAAAGUUCUAUUACUCCUAGGAGAGGAAGGAGGAAAAAAAACAUUGAUCAAGACCCAGAAAUUCAUAAACCCAUGGAACAAGAAUUACAGAUCAAUACAGGUAGGGGACUAAGGAAGCUAAAGUCCUCUCAGCUCUUGGAAACAGCAAGUCAAAAUGCUUCUUUUAAUAAAGAAGUUAAGGUUACACCUGUUGCAAAAAGGACUCCUAAGAGAAUUAAAAAGCCUAUUGAAAAUCAAGAAAGUGUUGAAAUGAUAGAUUAUUCAAAAGUUAAUGAAGGGAUGAGUCCUGGCAGAAGCAUCAGAAAAUUGAGAAGCGCUCAUUUGAAAGCUUCUGAAGAUACAGAUUAUGAACAAGAUGUGAAGUCCAGUGACCACCAACUGCCCAGUCAACACAAUCGAAGAGUGAGAGAGAAACAAGUUGGUACAUCAGACAGGAUGGACCACUCUAAACUCAAUUCAUCACAAUUGACUCUUCAUGAAAUUGAUGUGCCUGACACACCUAGGAAACGUGGUAGACCGAGGAAAACAGAUCCAUCUAAAGAUUUAGGAUCGAAGGCUGUCGGGAGAGUGAGAAGUCCCCAAGUGGGAAAAGGUCUUGGCAUCCCCAGGAGAUCUACAAGGAACACUCCAGCAAAAAGGGAAAACCAGCUAGAUGUUGGGAAACCAGCUUUAGAAGAAUCCGUUUUAUUGCCAAAUGAAGAACUUUCUACUGCGACGAGCUCUAAGAAGACUGCAAAAAGAACUGAAAAUCAGACCCCAAAACCUCUGUUAAGCUCAAUAUUGGAAGAGCAUUUAGAUAAAGAAAUAGCAUGCAAAGAACCAAAUAACCAAGCAGCUUCGCUUCCUACAGCAGCUUUGACUAACUCUUCCCAGAGCACAAGGACUAGAUCUAGGAAGACCAUUUUGUUGCCAGACUUUUCUCAACCAAAAAGCGAGCCUUUUUUAUUUUCUACUCCAGUGUCAAAAGUUCCAAGGACAGAGAAAGCAAAAAAGAGAGCCCCUUCUGCACAGCUGAAAGAAUUAGUUUCAGAUUUAUCAUCACCAUUGGUCUUCUCACCUCCGACUUUGAGAGCCAGGCGAAAAAAUACAUCCAAUCCAUCCAAGCUUGCUGAUGUACUGGAAGAUGAUCCUAAGUCAACUGAAGCCGUGGGAAAGCAAGACGUGAAAAGGACCAGGGCUGCAAAAACAAAACAAGCAAGCGUAAAAACAGAAAAAGAAAGUUCUUGGUCACCUCCUCCAGUAGAAAUUAAGCUGAUUUCUCCCUUGGCGAGCCCAGGUGAUGGAGUCAAGAGCAAACCAAGAAAGACCACAGAUGUGACUGCAAAAGUUAUUGGGAGGAACAGAAAAAAGCCAUCAUCAUCCUUUCCAAAGCAAGUUUUACGCAGAAAAAUGUUGUAAUUCUUUUCGACUUUUUGAUAUACACCUAUUUGUAAAGUCAUCGAAAUUGUGUGGGUUACUAAAAAUCAUUUAAUUUGAAAGUAAAUAAUUUAUAUAAAUUAUUGUGAAUUUUUCUAAACAAGAUCGUCAAGAAGUACAGUAACUCCAUAUGGAGUGAUACUUUUAAUCACAGGCAGUUUUUCUAUUUUCUAUCAAGACUUCAUACCUUUAUAUAAUAUGUAAAUAUGGCUUAAUAUUCGAUGUUAAAUAAAGUAUAUACUUCACAAUA